AGGUUGUCAGAUUUCUCUCAUAUAUCUGCCACAAGUGGCUCUCUGUUCUUCAUGGAGGGGGCGUGCUGCUGUUGUAUUCUUCUUCAUAUACAUAUCCUGGGCGCUGGAAGUCGUCUUCUCUUCCCUUCAUCUGAUUAGUAUCCGGUAUACUAGACGCAUAUCAAGAUGACUGCGAAUGCGGGAUUACAGUUGUUUCCUCCCCCGCCAACAAAGAAGAGCCAAGGGAAGUAUAGCACCCGACGUGGGGCCAUUCAGCCAGGACAAGCUGAGGAGGCCUCGUCGAGUCGCCCAAAAACACCCGAUGCACCCAUCGAUGGCCGUCAGUCUGCAAUGAGCAACAAGCACUCUGUUUUCGACAGUCCACAAUCUGCGAUGGGUGGCCGCAAUUCACCGAAUCCCUUUGGAUCAGAGAUCCCAAGGUCCCAAACAGCGUUCUCAGAAGCCCCGACUCUUGUCAGGAGCCACAGCAAUUCUUCACGCAGCUCCAUUGCGAAGCCACCGCUCCAGAACAAUGCGGCAGGCUCAAGUCAACAGCCCAUGAUCCGAUCGAUAUUUCCUCGAUAUAACCCGGAUGUUCCUCUUGAGCAACAAGACUAUUAUCCAACACAAACCAGCCCCACUCAUAUCCCUCAAUCGGCUAUCAGCAGAAGUCCAUACUCAGCUGGCAGCGGAUCGGGUCGAACACCCCUCGGUAUGCCUACGGGCCCUCGCAGAACAGUGACCGAGAUCCCAACGCCGCCAACGACAUGCUCCACAGAAGAGCUGAAGCAGCUGUGGAAGGUGACAAACGGCUGGAGGGUAUCAGCGAGCGAGGGCCGCUCAUUCUGUCUGAAAAUGACGAGUGCAGUCGAAGAACCCGUCCACACCCUCUCCUCCGCUACCCACCCCUUCUACACUCUCCGCCUCGACCCAACAUCCACCUCUGCCCUGAUAGCAAUGACGCGACAUGACCCAAACAAAGCCCUCGCCAAGAGCUCAUCCCCCCUCAUAGGCGGAUCAAAGAACAAAGAUAAAGACCCCGCCGGCGUGGAAGUCCUCACCACCGCCCUCGAAGACCCGCAACGCCGCCUUCCCCCUAGCGAUGGCCUCGUCGCCCUUCUCUACCCCCGCGCCGCAGCCGCUAUGGCCCUUGACAUGGUCGCUAAGAACAAUAACCCUAGCGAGGACACCGCCCGCGCAGCUGCGGAAUUCGAAUGCGGUCGCCUUGUCUGGGAUAAUGACACCGAGAAGUACUACCUUGUACACCCGUCCAUGUCGACGCCGUUCUGCGUCACCAUCGCCUCAUCGCCCGCUUGGUCGCGUGUCGAGUACACGCUCGAGCACCCGGAGCUACCGCAUAACAUGGUGAAGCUGACGCGCGAUGGGUCAGGGGGUGGGUACCUCGAGGUCGAUACUGGAGUCGCUGCGCGGAUUGAUAGUUUCUUCCUCGUUGAUGUUGCGAUCUGCGCAGUCAUGAUUGUGGCUCUAGCGGAGGAGAAGACGCACAAUAUCGAGCGCUUUGAGGCGCCACCAACAACGGCGCCGCCGGCAGCUAAGACGAAGAAGCCGAAGAUUGAGGAGAUGGAGAUGGAUCUCGAGAGCCAGCAGAGCCUAUCGGAUAAGGAGAAGGCUAAUCUGCCAAAGCCGACGAAGGGGGUGCUGAAGGUGCUGUUUUGGGCGCUGAAGUUUGUGGUGUGGAUCUUGACAUUUACGGUGAAGACGUUGGCGAGUGUGAUUAUUUCUAUCAGCGGAUGUCUGACGAAGAAGGGGCUGAAUUAGCUUGGCUGAUUUGAGCAGCUGGAUGACUGCACGUUAAUUUCAUUGUUUCUUUAGUACAUAGAGCGUGAUGUAAGGCGUCAUGGGCACGGAAGGGGGUCACGGAGUUUUGGAGUUUUUAGACUCUCAUAGUCUUGUCAUGAAAGUAGUCCAUAGCUCAACUACCUAGGAAAUCGUAUCAAUAUUUUCAUCUUCCC